AUGGCCGUCUGGGAUGCUCAGCCCGUGCAGGUCACCUUCCUCUCCACACGGCUGCACCCAUCAUCUCCCUCCCCCUCCUCUUCCUCCCCUGGUUUCAGGGGCUCAGGGAGGGGUGAUGAUGCUGAUUUCUGUAUCCCUGCCGAGCCCAUCUUUACAGAGAGGACGACGAGAGGUCGGGCGAAGCGCUGGCUCGCUUUCCCCGCAAACCGCCGCCCGCAAACCCCCGCCCGCAAACCGCCACCCGCAAACCACCGCCCGCAAACCCCCGCCCGCAAACCCCCGCCCGCAAACCCCCGCCCGCAAACCCCCGCCCGCAAACCGCCGCCCGCAAACCCCCGCCCGCAAACCGCCACCCGCAAACCACCGCCCGCAAACCCCCGCCCGCAAACCCCCGCCCGCAAACCCCCGCCCGAAAACCCCCGCCCGCAAACCCCCGCCCGCAAACCCCCGCCCGCAAACCCCCGCCCGCAAACCCCCGCCCGCAAACCGCCACCCGCAAACCACCGCCCGCAAACCCCCGCCCGCAAACCCCCGCCCGCAAACCCCCGCCCGCAAACCGCCGCCCGCAAACCCCCGCCCGCAAACCGCCGCCCGCAAACCCCCGCCCGCAAACCCCCGCCCGUAAACCCCCGCCCGCAAACCCCCGCCCGCAAACCCCCGCCCGCAAACCCCCGCCCGUAA